CUUGUUUUAAUGUAAGUGAAAAGGAGUCAUAUGAUUACAUUAUCACGUGACUGCGGCAACAUGGAGGGCGUAUUGAGAUGUAUCGCAAUUCUUUCCUGUUUCUGCCUGGCUUUAUCCACUAAAGUCCCGGUUUUGUUGUGGUCUUCUUCUAGGUCCUUUGCCGACCUUCCCCAAAGCAAUGGUGGUCAAACAGUGGUCUCCUCGGACUUCAGUAACCAGUACCUGAAACCGCUAACUACAGGAAACAAUGGGAACCUUGUUGUCUUUGUACAGGAUAAGCUAAGUCUGCAGGAUUUUACCCAGCAUGCGGAUGUUUAUAACCCAGAAAGUGAUGGAGGAGUUUUCAAGAAUGUAAAGGGUUUCAUGGAUGAGCUCUCUUCACUGAGUCUUCCAUCGGUUCACCUCCCAGGCCUGGCCAUUGAUCAUAUCAUCAAAACCUUUGAGGGCAAAGUUCACCACGUCAAAGAUCAAGAUGCUAGCAAAAUUGACUUUGACUCCAAAUUGCCCAAUCUUGUUAUUGUGAAAUUGACAUCAAUAUCGGACAGUCCUAAUGAAGAGGAAGGAUUCAGAAAGAAUGAUGAGACGAUCGGUCGAGUGGUGAAACAGCUCGCUAAGCGGGGAGUGAAAUAUAGUGCUCUCUACACUGCCACGAGCUCCAAAGCAGCAGAGAGUAACAAAGUCCGAACUAGGAGAGGUCUACUCAGUGUUGGGGCAGAUAAUAGUGGUACAUUUAUAGAGUAUGCUAAUGGCACUUUGUACAACUCCUCCUGCAUCCUCAUGUAUGUGAGAUCAAUCAACAUAGGGAACUCAACUCAACUAAAUGACCCUAAAAGUUUCACAAUGACAGGUCACGACUGUGUUGACAAUAAAACUGCCAGCCUGGCUUUUACAUACAAAAACAAUUCGGAGAUUAUUAUGACAAUGAGUCUGAUCAUGAACGUGAAUAACGUGUCUGGAUACUGGAGCAUCAAUGACGCCACCGUGAACUGGAAUGAAACAACCUACAACGUGACGUUGAGUAAAGUAUCAGCGCCGUGGGGAUUCUCCUACCACUGCUCCUCCCUAGAAAAACUGGUCGCCAGCAAUAGCGACUUCACCAUGUCCCUCGAAGGAUUUCAGCUGCAGCCGUUUGAUGUGAUGGACUACAAGUUCUCGGACGGCUGGGACUGCGUCCCUUUCUUUUCGGAGGUGAUCUGGAUGGGACUGAUUGCUACCCUGGCCUUCGUCCUCAUCCUAUUGUUUGGAUUCUCCAUGCUCGCCUCCGUCACCACCCAGGACAGAUUUGACGAUCCCAAGGGAAAAACCAUUACCGUCAAUGUUAAUGAAUAGCUGUGAAUGCUGAACAAAAUUCAGUAGUACAAUCAGCACAUUGUCUUGACUUGUUUUACACCCAAAAAAAAAAUUAUGUUUUGAUCUAGCACUUACAUUUAGUAUUUCAUAAAUAUAUAAAUUUUAUAUUUUUAAUCAGAUUCUUUUUAAGGUACCUCACUACACCUAAGCUUAUACUUUUUAAGACACUACGUCACAAGAUGGUGAUUUAAAUGUUUUGUUAAACUGUUUUUAUCAUUCAAUUGGGUUGUAUAUCAUCGUAGCUCAGUGGUUUUAGUAUUGGGCUUCUAAACUGCAGAUCAUUAGUUCGAAUCCACUUAGAGCUUUUGUUCAUGUUAACAGAGUUAAAAAAAUUUCAAAAUGUAAUUUUUCAUCCAAAAUUGCACAAUUUUUUGCUUAUUAGUGUUAUAUACUUCUUAUCCAUUAUAAUGAUAUCUAUCACAAUCAAGUAAUUUUCUGCUGAUUUAAGAAAAUAUUUCACGGUUUAGUGAGCCACCUUAAAAUGUUGAUUUCUUUCUUGAAUAAAGUGCUUUUCCUAGAA